GAGAGAGAGAGAGAGAGAGAGAAAACCAACACAACGCAACUCACCCCUGAUAUCGUGCUUGCCCUAACCUCUCUUUCUCCUUCACUCCUCUUCUUCCAUCAAAGAAAGCCCUCUUUUCUCUUCUCCAACCCUAAGCCCUUUGUCUUUCUUCUUCACCACUCUUCUACUAUUUCAUAUUCUUCUUCCUUCCGACUCCGUUGUUUCUCCUCCACUUCCCAUUCCCAAUCUAUAUCGGAAUAAGAACCGGAGGAUGGUGUUUGCAUGACGAUCCAGAAACUUCCCAACAACUCACGCAGAAUACUCUCCUCCAUCGCCAUUAACGUUUCUCUCCUAGCUGUGUGCAAACCAAUACUCUAAAAUGGCUGAAGCGGUGAGGCUCAACCUCUGAAUGUAGAAGGAGCUCAAGCUUCUCCUCUCUGACCCUCCUCCCGGCACCUCCUUCACAUGCCUUUCCCCCGACUCUGACUUCUCUACCUUCAUUUUGUCUGUUAUCGAUGCCCAAACGAUAGGUCCUGAAGGAACUGUGUAUGAGAAGGGGAUCUUUAAUAUUACGAUCCAGGUACCUGAAAGGUACCCAUUCCAGCCUCCAACUGUGACUUUCGCCACCCAGAUUUACCAUCCCAAUAUCGACAAUGGAGGCCGUAUUUGCCUUGACAUUCUUAAUCUCCCAAGGGGACAUGGCAACAUCGCUGUGUAAAAUGGAAGCCGGAAUCGGAAGUGAGUCUUUAUCUACUUCACUUGCAAGGGCAGUAGCUCCCACUGGACAUGUCUAUACUUUUGAUUUCCAUGAACAAAGGGCAGCCUCGGCUAGGGAAGAUUUUGAGAAGACAGGAUUAAGCAGCUUGGUUACUGUUGUUGGAGUGCCACUAGGGAAUUUUGAACUUGAUUGGCUCAUACAUACCUCAGAUGUCAUCUUUUCAAGAGCACUCCGUGAUCAGCAACAGGUAAAGGCAAGGCUAAAGCUGAUGGACCGUGAGCGAGCUUGUGAAGAUUGUACAUGUCGGGGCGGUUAGGCCUGGAGCGUACGAUCAUCGGGACAGCGAGGCUGAUUUUGUAACUGGUCGCUAGGCGACAUUAUUUUGUAUAAACAGUUAAAUCUUUUUGUAAAUGAUUUUGUAAUCGGGAUCGCGAGUCUUUUGUAAUAUUAUUUUAUAAGUUUAAUUAAAAAGCAAAAAUUUUAAUUAAUCACGUUUUCCAUAAACCUCGUUGAUUAGCAACGAGCUGCACAGC